AAUACUGUGAGAAACUUCAAUGGUUGGGUCUGUUUGUAUCCCUCAGAGAAAUGGCAAAAGAAUUGGGAAAAUCACAACAUUGGUGUGAAAUCUGUGGUAAAUCAUUCUCUGUAAAUACAAACUUGAUUAAUCACAUACGUGUUCAUACAGGUGAGAAGCCCUUUCACUGUGAAAUCUGUGGUAAAUCAUUCUCUCAAAACGGUCACUUAACUAAACACAAACAUAUUCAUACAGGAGAGAGACCAUAUCACUGUGAUAUCUGUGGUAAAUCAUUCUCUGUAAACAGUACCUUAACUAGACAUAAACGUUUUCAUACGGGAGAAAAGCCAUUUCCCUGUAAUAUUUGUGGUAAAUCAUUCUCCCGAAACAGUACCUUAUCUACACACAAACGUAGUCAUACAGGAGAGAAGCCAUAUCACUGUAAUAUCUGUGGUAAAUCAUUCUCUCAAAGCAGUACCUUAACUAGACACAAAUGUACUCAUACAGGAGAGAAACCAUAUCAGUGUGAUAUCUGUGGUAAAUCAUUCUCUGAAGGUAGUGCCCUAAGAGGACACAGACGUAUUCAUACAGGAGAGAGACCAUAUCACUGUGAUUUCUGUGGAAAAUCAUUCUCUCAGAAUAAGGGAUUAACUAGUCACAAACGUACUCAUACAGGAGAGAGAUUACAUCACUCUGAUUCGUGUGGAAAAGCAUUCUCUCACGGAAGUUUCGUAACUCAGACAUGAAUCUAUCCAUGUGAACAUCUGAUUGUAUCAUUGUCAAAAUUCAUUAGAACACUCAAGAACAACAACCAAUAUUUUAAAACCGUUUCCCCUGUCAAAUCAUGGCUUAACCUUUGUCCCCCCCCCCCGACAGUAACCAUACUCAUCAUAGUUACCCCUUUGAGAUAUUUUUUUUCAGCCAGAUGCCCUUCUUUAUGUCAACCACUUCAGUAGAUUCUUCCAUGGCAUUCACAGAGUUUAGUUGGAGAAGAGUUGCUUCUUAAAAUCCAUUCUAUUCAAAGAAUAACUUGUAAACAUAAAUUUAUUCACAUAGUUAAAAAAUAGAUACAAGAAGAUGCUAUCACUACAUUUGAUGUGGCCACUGUUAUAACCUGCAUUGGCAAGAUAACAUAUUGUGAUGUUUGAAGUAUAAACAUGCUCCUGGAUAUACUGC